AUGUCUCUCAACAAAGGCGUCAGACAGGCCAAGGUGGAGCUCCUCAACGAGCAGAAGCAGGAGAUCCGCGAGGCGUUCACGCUCUUCGACAUGAACAACGACGGCUACCUCGACUACCACGAGCUCAAGGUGGCGCUGCGGGCCCUCGGCUUCGACAUGCCCAAGAAGGCCGUGCUCGACGUGAUCGAGGAGUACGACACCAACGCCAAGAAGCUCAUCAGCUACGAGGACUUCUACCGCUACGUGGCAGCCAAGAUCGUCGACCGCGACCCCAUCGACGAGAUCAAGCGGGCCUUCCAGCUCUUCGACGACGACCACACGGGCAAAAUCAGCCUCAAGAACCUCCGCCGUGUUGCCAAGGAGCUCGGCGAAAACAUGACCGACGACGAGCUCGCCGCCAUGAUCGACGAGUUCGAUCUCGACGAGGACGGCGAAAUCAGCCAGCAGGAGUUCAUCAACAUCUGUCUUGAGAACUAG